AUGGGAUCCUAUCACCAGGCGUACCGUUCAGGCAAGCAGGGUGAGGAUCAGGAAUCGGCGCGUUUUCGUCAUGAUAAAAUGACGAGGAUCCCGAUCCAAUUCCAAUUGCCACCUGUUGAAGCACAAGAAUACAAAGACCGGACUGCCAGCCGUCGAAGCCGUCCGUUUAUGAAACCCAGCUCUCCACUGUUAUGCUUCGACUCUGACGACGUUUCUGCAGCUAAAACUCAGCCACACUUCUCUUUUUUGCCCCGCAAAGGAGGCUUGAAGGAGAACUAUAACAACCCGCCUACCUUUCUUGCUAAGCAGUUCACGACGACGACGACGACGACGACGACGACAACAACAACAACAACAGCAACAAUUGCUGACACUGCUGAUACUACUGCCGCCGCCCUUGCUAUUAAAUCUCCUGUUAAUAUCGUUGUAGUUAACAAACGUCUAUACCUUCCCAAAUACGGAGGUUCGUGUCCCAAUCCACCAGAUCCACCAGUCAACAUGACGAAUCCCGGGUUCAGGUCGGUCGUGUAUUUUGUCAACUGGGCGAUCUACAGUCGUAACUAUCACCCACAAGACUUGCCAGUGGAGAAGCUGACGCACGUUCUGUACGCGUUUGCGAACGUCCGCCCAGAGAGCGGAGAAGUCUACUUGUCCGAUACUUGGUCCGAUAUUGAAAAGCACUAUCCAACCGAUUCCUGGAACGAUGUCGGAACCAAUGUGUAUGGCUGCAUCAAGCAACUCUUCUUGCUGAAAAAGAAAAAUCGGAAUCUGAAUGUGCUCCUCUCCAUCGGGGGAUGGACAUAUUCUUCCAACUUCGCCCUACCUGCAAGCACCCCAGCUGGUAGAGCCAAGUUUGCUGAAACUGCUGUCAAGUUACUUCUUGAUUUGGGAUUGGAUGGACUUGAUGUUGACUGGGAGUAUCCCAUGAAUGAUGGCGAGGCCAAGGACUUUGUGUCGCUCCUUAAAGCGACACGAGAGGAACUUGAUAGGGUAGGUGGGGGGGGUCGCAAGUUCCUGCUAACCAUCGCUUGCCCAGCAGGCCCCGAGAAUUAUCGAAAGCUACGCCUCCAAGAGAUGACCCCAUAUCUGGACUUCUAUAACCUCAUGGCCUAUGACUACUCCGGAAGCUGGGACACCAUAGCAGGUCAUCAAUCAAACAUUAAACCCUCCAGAUCGAACCCCAAAUCAACCCCGUUCUCCACUGAAGCAGCCCUGAAUCAUUAUAUUGGCGUCGGCGGCGUACCAGCCUCCAAAAUAGUCCUAGGAAUGCCGUUAUACGGACGCACCUUCGCCAAUACCGAUGGUCCUGGGACUCCCUUCCAAGGCAACGGCGGCUCCGGCAGUUGGGAGACCGGUGUUUGGGAUUACAAAGUUCUGCCUAAACCCGGUGCGGGAGAGCAGAUGCUAUCCAUUCGUAGUGGUGAAUGUGGUGCAACUUGGAGCUACGACAGGCCCUCUCGCACGAUGAUUACCUAUGAUACUGUGCCGAUGGUUGAAGAGAAGACCAGGUAUCUUAUCGAGAGAGGCCUUGGAGGGGGAAUGUGGUGGGAAGCGAGCGGGGAUAGGGAUCCCAAAACCGGCAACAAGGCGAAUGGGAGCCUUAUUGGCACUUUUGUGGAAGAGAUUGGGGGGACUUCGAAGUUGCAGAAGGUUCAGAAUGUGUUGUCGUUUCCGGAGAGUAAAUAUGAUAACUUGAAGAAUCAGUUUCCUGGGGAGUAG